UCACGCAUGCGCACAAGCCACAUUAACGAUAACACAACAACCUUUAACACAGCUGUUUCAUAUGCGCUGUUACUAUUUGUAAUACAAUUAUCCCUCAUCAAUAAUACUCGUCUACACACACAUUGAAUACUAGAAACACGUGCUUUUUUUCUGCAGUUUUACCCGGCUGAUCGUUAUCUCCCUGCAGCAGAGGGAUCAUGUUUACCUCCCAAACCUCGUCCUUCCAGGAUUCAAUUGACGUGGAAGAGAGGGAUGACUUUGACAGCGAAGAAAUUACUGGAUACAUCCAGAAAACUCAGCUGAACAGCUACUACACCAUCUAUCUCUAUCAAGGCACAAGAUCUGAGGCUGCUGCGGAAAAUGCGGCAUGGAACCAGAGACGAGCAGACUCCACAACCAGUCUAGAUGACUUUAGCCUCACACUGAUUGACAGCAGCCUGCCAUCAGAGGCGGAGCCUGAGCUGCGGACUUACAUUUCAAGGAGGCUGAGCAAAGGGGCCCUGCUGGGAGGCAUGGGCAACAUCGCCACUGUGGAACUCAGUAUCCCAGAGCAGGCGGUGGGCUGCUACUGCUGCCUCGUGGAGCAGGAGAGGUCUCCGGAACAGCCCGAUGCGGAUGGAAACGGAUAUGUCAUCUGCUUUAUGGGCGGCUCUGAAAAAUGGCUGAAUUUAUUUAGAUUAGAGCUUGAUAAAUACGUCCAAGGCCUGCAGAGCAGCCUGCAAACCCCAGAGCUGCUGAACCUUGAGUCGGAGGUGCGCCCCUAUCUGAGCCGGUGGUACGAGGAGUCUGUGAUGCACAUCCAUCGGGUGGUGCAGCUCGUUCAGAACAACAUCAGCUUCCUGCUGCAUGCUGCUCUGAGUCACACACUUGUGGAGGUCAAUAAUUCAGAUGAGAGGACAAAGACUGAUGUGUCCAAGUUCAUCAAAGCAGCCAGUUUGCAGGGUCUGUCUCAACAAGACACCACAACAGCUUCUCUGUGUAAGGCUAUCUCAGAGGACACACAAUCUGACCUGAUCAUCGACUGCUCCACCAGCCCCCCCACUCUCUCUAACGCUGUGAGCAAUCGUUUCUGUGACGACUGGAGUCAGGCAUUUCUAAACGCUGCAGAGCGUUGUAAUCCUUUCCUGCUCAGACAGAUUCUGGAGAACUUCAAACUUAAGGCCAUCCAGGACAUGAACAGCCUGAAGCGUUUAGUGCGACAGGCAGAGAUGAGUCACUACGCCCUGUUUCGUAGCUGCCGGUUCCUACAGGGCUGCGGAAAUGGGGAUGUGUUGCUGCAGAACGCCAGGGCGGAGCACAGCGACAUGCCUGAAGCCUGCAGCAUCAUCACCGUCCUGGAGGAGUUCCUCAGGGAUCAAUCCCAGGCCCACGCAUGAUUACAUCACUACAUUUAACUUCAAGUGGUUGGGCCUGUUGCUGGCGAGACAAUCUAUACAAUAACCUGUUCAGUUCUAAAUCUAGAACUACAUCAAAUGUCAAACAUCGGUUUGCUAGGUAAAUAUGUUCCACAGCUAGAAAAGUAGUGGUGAGAUCCAUACCAUGUACUGUAAAACACUGACAAGCGACACCCAGCUUCCCUCUUUCUUUGGGGCUAAUUAUGGUUUAUCGAGUGUGUAACUUUGGUGCAAAAGAGGUUCAUUCAUGGAGAUGAUAGUAACAAAUAAAUGACAAUGACCUCAGGGUGCAGCGAAGUUUAGUUGUAAGCAUAGAGUGGCACUUUCCCAAUCUUUAUCCUUUUGCAAUUAUUAGUGUGUGUAACAAUACUUUGAACCAAAUAUUAAUACUACUCUGUUUUGCUAACUGACAAUGAUCACAACACAACUGAUCCAAACUAAAGCUUCUACUUAUUCAAGUGGAAUUAUAUAUAUGUAUUACUUGUCCAAAUAUCAUUUUGUAUUUUUGUUGAUUGUAUCCGUUUCCUUUGGAGAAGAAACACAUUGAGAAUGCACAAAUCACUUUUAUGCAUUGCUUGUUACAAAGGCUUUAUUUGUGCUUACAUUCAAACCUAAUACCUGCACUACAAUAUUGUUCUUGUUGGAUAAGUACUGCUAUUGUAUGUGUAUGUGUGUCUAUCAAGUGAUAUUAGAUGUUUAAUCAUAUGCUAAGAAAAUAAGUGUUGUUGAUACAGUGUACAUUUUCACUUUCUUUUGAGAUAAAUCUUAAAGUUUGUGUAAGUUAUAUUGGAGAAGCCAGCAAGAGUAAGCCAGAUUUGUAUACAUUUAAAACAAUUAUCAUUAUGAAUAUAAACAUAUCUUAAUGAAUAUAAAUAGCAAUCAUGGCUAAUGUUAGUCCUCACAGCUGUCAAGCGUAUUACCUUACAUUUAAUUAUUAUAGUCCUGCCACAGAUAGCAGAUAUUUCUUCUUUUUUUGUCAGAGCAGUAGAUUUAUAACAAAGAUAAUAAAUGUUUCCUAAAUACAUUACCCACUGUAGCUGUUAUAGUAUUCACCAGCUGUAGAAUUAAUGAGAUUAAACUGGCACUAUAUGACCAGUCAAUCUCUUCAUUUCAAAGCUUCUCCAAUAUUACCCAUAAAAGAAAAUCAGAACACAUACAUUAAAAUGUAGAAUACAAGAAGACAAUACAAUUGCUUGCAGUAAAUGUUGGCAUGUUUAAGUUGUAUUGUUCACUUCCUCAUGUACCUCCAACAUGUGUUUUUUUGUAUAUUGCAUUAAACCCAUAAAGGGGUUUUGGAACCAUUCCCAUUCAAACCAGUCCAAAGUGUGUAAAACAGCAAUACAGCUGGUGGUGUAUACUUUAAAACUGUGAAAGUGGUGACAUGUAAAUGAGUAACUUCACUAUUGUGAACCAUGGUGUGACUUAUAGUUAUAGAUGAACUCUGUCUUGUAUAGAAAGAGAUGAAAUAAAUACCACAGCUGAACCCGA